AUGUCUCCGCUGCAGCUGCCGCAGCUGUCAGGAGUUUCGUCAGGGAAAUCUAAUCGAACGCCGCCUCAAGAGGACGCCGAAAACAAGGAAGCAAUUGCGACCGUCGGUCGUCCUGACGAGCCGUCGCAUUCCGAUCUGCUCACGAAGCGAAAGCGAGUCAACCCCCAGCCCGACACCGCUACCUGCGCGCAAACUAGUAACUACCACAGCACGCCGCCGUCCUUUCGUUAUGACGAACCCAGAUGCAUUAGCGGAUCUGCCCUUAGUGAAGCGCCAAAGUGUUUCAAUGAACCGUCUGACGCGCCGACUGACGCUAACGUGCUGACCAGCCGCGGACAACCGAGUUCUACCAGCAGCAAUGUCGCAGACUCCACCUCUUAUCUACCUGCGCAUCAGGAAAACGCUGGAGUGCUGGCGCCCACAAAAACGUGUCUGGCUGCAGAAGGAGAAGACCUUUCAAAAGCUUUUGCUCGUCCCGGCUUAUCGAAGGGCGGAAGCGACAUGGCUCCCGCGUCCUGCUGCGGAGAGGAAAUAACAGGCGCAAGCAGAGCCGCGGAAGCGGCACGAAUGGCUGCGGAGGUCGCAGCGGGAAUGGCGGCAGGAGAAGCAGCAGGAACGCCCGACGCGGUUGGCGCGUCCACCCCGCCGCGUGAGGCCAACCCGUCCAGUCCGCCGUAUGCGAUCCGCGCGAGCCUCUCCGCGCCCCCGCGCGUAACGAGCAAGAAGCCGCCCGACAGCAUGCCACUGCUGCGCCUACCGCCGGGCCUGUCGCCGUCCGCUUGGCCGCAAGGCGCUGCGGCGAAACGGCAGCUUGGGCGAGAUGACACGAGGCGAGAUGACAAGGGAGAUGACACGCGGCGAGAUGACACGGGAGGUGACGCGAGGCUGGAUUUGAGUGUGCAGGGACUGAGUUUUCAACAGGGAGGGGGAUCGGACGGCUCAGAUGGUCCAUGCUGGAAGAAGCGCGCUGUCGGGGGUGUUUCGCCAGGCGUACCCGCUGUAGCAUUGUCACGGGAAAUGUCGUCCUCAGGUGCACCGUUCUCAGGUGCACCGUCCUCAGGUGCACCGCCCUCGGAUGCACCGUCCUCGGUUGGCGCAAGUCCGCGCAACCCUCCGCACCAGGGGGGACCGCAAGAGCCUUCCAAUUCCCCACACUACCGCGGGGUGCGGUUGCGCCCAUGGGGGAAAUGGGCGGCGGAGAUCCGCGAUACCGCCAACAGCGCGCGCCUGUGGCUGGGCACGUUUCCCACGGCGGAAACGGCGGCGCUGGCGUAUGACGUGGCAGCCAUGGCGAUUCGGGGAAACAAUGCGAAGCUUAACAUGGAGCAGCACCGAGAGUUGGCGAGUGAAGUUCGCGAUCUGGGGAAGCAGCCAGGGUUGAACGGCGAGAGUCGAGCUGAGAACGACGAGGCACUGAGUGGACGUCUGAAAGAGGGAGGCGGAAACGAGAAGGCGGCGGGUCUGGAAGGCGCGAGAGUUGCGCCUGUGGCUGCGGCAGGCGAAAUAGGCGGAACCAGCUCCGCGCAGGGAAAAGAGCAGAUCAUGGAACCGGGAAACGGGCAGGAAAACGGGCAGGCGAACGGGCAGGAGAACGGGCAGGCAAACGGGCAACUCCCAAUGCUGCGACAGGCCCCGCCACAGACGCCGCUUCUCCACGUGGUCAUGGGGAAGGUGGUUACCACUAUGGUGGAUAAGUAUGGCGGGGGGAUGGGGAAUUGGGCCAGGGCCGCUUGCGCUGAUCGGGGCGCGCUGGGGAGCGGGGGAAGCGGGGGAGGCGGAGGAAGCAGCGGGGGAGGUGGGGUAAGUGGAGCUCUUGAGGGUAUCGGGGCAAAGGGGGGAGUUGGGGGAGUUGGGGCGAAUGGGGGAAAUUGGAGGAACGGGGAGACAAAAAUGGGUGCAUUGGGAGGGGGUGCUGUGGGUGCAGAUAAAGGAGGGGUUGGAAAGAACGCGGGGGAGCAGGUGGACAGGAAAGAGUUGGCUGCAUCCCCCUUACAAGCUCUCUCGAUAAACCAGGGAGUCUCGCCCAUGCAAUGCCAGGCCGGUUUCAUAGGAAGCAACGCGUCCCCUGUACAACCCCGUGUGAAGGUCGAGCACGUUCCUGCUUUUACCGAGAACGGUGAGGGGCGGUUGGAUGGGGUGGGAGCUUCUAUGCUUGAGGCGCCUCAUGGUUUGGCUUACAUCCAGCAAGUUGGGGUGCAGCACGGUGGGGUGCAGCAUGGUGGGGUACAGCAGGGAUUGGUGCAGCAUGGUGCGGUGCAGCAAGGUGCAGUGCAGCAAGGUGCGGUGCAGCAAGGCGCGGUGCAGCAAGGUGGGAUGCAGCAAGGUGGGGUGCAGCAAGGUGGAGUUCAGCAAGCAAGGUGGGGUGCAGCAAGGUGGGGUGCAGCACAGUGGGCUGGAGCAUGGUGGGGUACUAGGUGUGGUGCCGCACAGUGGGGUGCAGCAGGGUGCGGUGCAGCACAGUGGGGUGGAGCAAGGUGGGGUGCAGCAUAG